UUUCUCAAGCGUUGAUCGCGUCGCACCCGCACAGUGGAACUCGUUCGAUGAACUCGCAGGCUGCGCGGGCGCCGCGCCCAGCGACACCUCUCCAGUCUCCAACAGAUCCUCAGCGGUACCACGCGUCCGUAACGCAUCAAACAAACUCGCGUUCAAUUUCUCACGACGAAAAAACUCUCUCUUUAGUGGGUGGCAGAGUGGAGUGAUCGCGCUGUGAUAGUGUUAAUCAACGACGAUUCUAAUGUGAUGAUAAGUUAUGUGACGGACCACACGAGAGCCAGAGCUUACUGAGCAAACAGCCACUAAUGUUGUGCGAGCUCGGGUCGAUGGUGCGAAUAUGCGCGAGGAGGAGCUGGAGGUGGCGCUGAAGGUGGUGAUCGUGGGCGACGGCGGCGUGGGCAAGUCCAGCAUGAUCCAGCGCUACUGCCGCGGCACCUUCACGCGCGACUACAAGAAGACCAUCGGCGUCGACUUCCUGGAGCGACAGAUCGAAAUCGAUGGCGAGGAGGUGCGGCUGAUGCUGUGGGACACGGCGGGGCAGGAAGAAUUCGACGCCAUCACCAAGGCGUACUACCGCGGCGCGCACGCAUGUGUGCUCGCCUUCUCCACCACCGACCGGGAUUCCUUCCUUGCUCUACACUCCUGGAAGCUAAAGGUAGAAAAUGAAUGUGGGGAGAUCCCAACGAUUAUAGUGCAAAAUAAAAUAGAUUUGAUGGACCAAUGCGUCGUUGGACCAGAUGAAGCCGAGCUAGUGGCACGAGCGCUGGGCUGCCGGCUGAUGCGAGCGUCCGUCAAGGAGGACGUCAACGUGGGCUCGGUGUUCCGAGCGCUCGCCGCGCGCUGCCUCGCGGACAUGCGCCGCGAGGACGCCGCGCACGACGGCGCGCUGCCGCCCUGCGUGUCGCCCGUCAUAGGCACUUUCACAAACCAUAACAGCAACGGCACGAUCCUUCUGCGGCCGGCGAAGCACCGGCCCGGCGGCAAGAAGAAGAACGUUCUCAAGAGCGCUUGCAGGAUACUGUGAUCACCACAUACAGAAGAAUAGACCUCUUUCGUGCGACAACACAGGAUCUGGAGUAUUAAUGGUGCGGUACACAGACCAGUCAUGCCGUUAGUAAAUAAUAUGAUCAAACAUGGACAAGAAUUUUGAUAAACUAUAACACUUUCUCGUAAAACAAUUUGUGAAUGUUAUCAGUUACUUAUUAAUCAAGAUGACUGCUUAAUAUCACGUCUUAAAAAACGAUCUAACAUUUUAGGAUAACGUAUCAUGACCUCGAACUAUCAAAUACUCAAAUUGAGUGUGUAUUCCAAGAUUGGAUUGUGCUAAAAAUAACAUAACACAACCAUGGAUAAGGACAAUGCAAAACAAACAUUGAAAUUAAUAUGUAAGAAGUAGCAUAGAAUAAAACGUGUACAUAUAACAUGUAGUUAUGUAAAAAACUUGCAAGUGCAAUGAAAUUAGAUGUAACUUAAUAACCCUUCGAAUUAUUGUGUAUGUUCUGGCGAGGGUCAGAAUUUCAGUUUCUCGUCAGACCAUAAGUUCUAAUCGUUCAUUCGUAUCGUAAAUAUUGUUAGUCAUUUUUCAUUAUACGGACAUAAAGUCGUAACAACGAAGUUAUGUAAAUAGUAUGUACUUUUAUGGAAAAUUAAUAAAUUAUUUUUUUCAUAUGCGACUUUCUUGUUAUUCAAUAAACACAUAUACAUUUUAA